GAAUAGAUCUCUGCACUGAUAUCAAGCUUAAGAAUCAACUUAAGAAAGAUAGUACUUCCAAGUACGGACUAGGAACUUUCUGUCAAGACUAUGGAUUUACCAGCCCUGGCAAAAGGCAUAAGAAAAGGACUUCCAAACCUAUUAAGAAGGCUACUUCUAGUAAGAAACCCUUCAAACGAGAUUCUUAUAAACCAACUAGAAAAUCCACCAAAAGGAAAAUCUCUAAGGCUAAAGACACUUGUUGGACUUGUGGCAAGACAGGCCACCGGGCAAAGGAUUGCAAGUCCAAUAAGAAGAAGAAGAUUAACCAGCUAGAUCUCUCAGAAGAAACCAGAGCUAGUCUAUUUUCUAUAAUGGAAGACUCGCCUGAUUCUUCAGAGUCCUCCUACACCUCAUCCAGUGAGGACUACAGCGAUGAAGAGUUCAUCAAUGCUGCUUAUGAGUCCGAUCAAUCCCAAUCAGGCCAAGAAUGUGCCUGUAGCG